AAUCCUGUACCCGGAAGUAGUCGCUACAACGCAAGUAGCAUGAGCUAACGUUACAUCUUGCUGGUUUGACAACAUCCUCUGCGUUAUCUGUCAGAGCACAAACAUGUAAGAGUAAAUUACGUUGCGAUAGCUGAGGCCGCCGUUGACUGUUUGUUAGAGGCAGUUAAAUGGUUGCAGUGAGUCCGACAUUAAAGAGAAAACGGAAACCGCUAAUUUGCUAACAGACAUAUUCAUGUGCGUUUUGCUUUUACCGUGAUAUUGCUAGUUUGUCGUCACUAUGGACCUGUAGCUAAAGUAGAGUUUUUGGGUUUUUUUGUGCAAAAUAUUUGUUCGUUUCUACACGACGUAGUGCUUAAUUUGGGGCUAAAAAGGGAAGUGAGCUCGUACACCCUGCAGGCCUUCAUAUGUGUUUGUUUUCUUGUUUGAAACAUCGUUGAAAGGGUCUCCUUUUACUUUAGCUUGCUAACAAGUCGGUACGCUAGGAUAACCGCAACUUUAAUGAGAUAAGAGUUUCCGCAACCCGUUCGUUAUAAUGAGUUUCUUUAGUUUUGGACAAAGUGCAGAAAUUGAUGUAGUCCUCAAUGACGCCGAAACGAGGAAGAAGGUUGAACACAAGACUGAAGAUGGGAAGAAAGACAAAUACUUCCUUUUCUACGACGGUGAGACAGUCAGUGGAAAGGUGAAUGUGACGCUGAAGAACCUUGGGAAGAGGUUGGAGCAUCACGGCAUCAAAAUAGAGUUUGUCGGCCAAAUAGAGCUGUAUUACGACCGAGGAAACCAUCAUGAAUUUGUUUCCUUGGUGAAGGAUCUGGCAAGACCCGGUGAAAUAACUCAGUCUCAGACCUUUGACUUUGAGUUCACACAUGUUGAGAAACCCUACGAGUCCUACACAGGCCAGAAUGUCAAGCUACGGUACUUCCUUCGUGCCACGGUGAUAAGAAGAUUAAAUGACAUAAGUAAAGAGAUGGACAUUGUGGUCCACACGCUGAGCACCUACCCUGAACUCAACUCCUCCAUCAAGAUGGAAGUUGGAAUCGAGGACUGCCUUCAUAUUGAGUUUGAGUACAACAAAUCCAAAUACCAUCUGAAGGAUGUGAUUGUGGGAAAAAUCUAUUUCCUGCUGGUGAGGAUUAAAAUAAAGCACAUGGAGAUUGACAUCAUCAAACGUGAGACGACUGGCACCGGCCCGAGCGUCUACCACGAAAACGACACUAUCGCAAAGUACGAAAUAAUGGACGGAGCACCGGUCAGAGGGGAAUCUAUUCCCAUCCGAUUAUUUCUGGCUGGUUAUGAUCUGACUCCGACCAUGCGGGACAUCAACAAGAAGUUCUCUGUGCGCUACUACCUGAAUUUGGUGUUGAUUGAUGAAGAGGAGAGACGCUACUUCAAGCAACAGGAAAUCACACUGUGGAGGAAAGGAGACGUGGUGAGGAAAAGCAUGUCCCACCAGGCCGCCAUCGCUUCUCAGAGGUUCGAGGGUUCGGCUGCUUCGGAGAGUGCCCUGGAACAGGCUGCCAAGGAGGAGAGCGGGUAAAGCCUCCGCCCUCCUCUCACAGCUGGCCGGCAUUUGCACUGGGCGGAUGAUCACCCGACAACUGUGCAAACAGCUGUUUUACCCGUAGCCAUGCUGGUAAAGCGAGUAAUAAGGGAGGAAACAAAAACGUGCACACUAAUACCGUGCGUGAACUAUAAAACGGUUUGCAUGAGGCAUUCAGGGUGUCUUCAGGCUCCUUCCUCACACAUGCUUUUUAUUAUUUUCUGUACAGGAAUCAAACUAAUCACCUGUGUCUGCUGUGUAAGAUCACAUAAAAUUCCUAAAUUUUUACGCCUUGUUUAUUAUGUUCUAAGGCUUUUUGGAUAGACUGAUUUCCGUUUUCUUUGUUAAAAAUGAAAUUUCAUCUAAGUGAAUAUCUGACAUUCCAUGUAAAAUGAAUGAAUUCCCCCCCCAAAAAAAAAAAAAAAAAAAAGAGAAUCCACUUUGCACUUCUUGAUCUCAUUGAACACGUUUUCCUUUUUGAACAAAAUGCAUCUGAAACUGGAAUCUCUUGAUCCUUUUUGGGCAAGAGCUCUGAAGGUAUUAUUCCUUUUUCUUUUUUUUAAUCUGUAAAUAAGACCAGUCAAACCUGUUAACUUGUUCCAGCUUGUAUAGGUUGAUGAUCCCGUACACAGAGAUACAGACCUUGUCAUGUCCAUGUGCUUUACCUCAACCUCCCAGUGAUGUUUCGGAGAAGUGUUUGUAUUAGGGUCCGACCGUACGGAGUCAUCUGUGUCCUACUCAUUAGAGACUUGAAAGUUGUGCCUCUGUGUAUUAAGCUAAUGAAACUCUUCCUGCCUCUAACAUGAUUUUAGUCUUUUAACCAGAGAAUUACAGUAGAACUAUCUAUCUUUUGCAAAAUGCUUAUCAAUUACUCCUCAUUCCCAAAUGUCCAAUAAAUUGAUGCCAAAUGGAAAAGUC